AUGGGCGUGUGCAUUCGAUCAACUAAAUUCAAUAUUUCAGCAAUAUUUACCAUCAGUUUAUUCUUAUGUAUUCAUAUUCGAUCAAUUACUUCUACUGAUCCAGUCGAACCAAAUUAUAUUCUUGACGAAAUAAUAACUGAUGAGAACAAUCAGACUGGUGCUAUUAAUGAACAUAUUUCACAAUUAAAUAGUGAUGUUUUAUCAGAUUCAAAUUCUGAAACGAAAUUACCUGAGCUUGUAUCAAUAGUAACAAAUGAUGAGUCGACGAUAUCAACAGAAAAUAAAUCAGAUAUUAAUGAUGAAGUUCCUCGACCGGCAGCUUCUUCACAAGUGCUAGACAAUCAAACAACGGAUGAUCAACAACAAGCAACUUCAUCUUCACCUAAAAGUAAUCGAUCAAGUAUUAAUUCAUUUGAAGAAUGGAAACAACAACAACUUCAAGCUGAUUUGUUAAAAAAAGACGAAACUGCUAAUCAUAAUAAUGUACAAUCUGAGACAACUUCAACAGGUGCAUCAAAAGGAACUUCAUCACCGACAAAUAUUCCACAAAUGACAUCUACACCAAGUUCAUCAAAAAAGGGCAAACUUCGUAAAAAUUUUGCUAGUGCAUCAUGUGGUGCAAAAAUUCUUGCACAUAAUGUUGAAGCACAAAAUGUUCCAUCGAUUUUAUCUUCAUCACCUGAUGAAUAUAUGCUUAAUCCAUGUAAUGCAAAAAUUUGGUUUGUUAUUGAACUUUGUGAAUCAAUUCGUAUUCUAAAUAUUGAAAUUGCCAAUUUUGAACUUUUUUCAAGUGUUCCAAAAACAUUCCGAGUUUCGUCGUCAGACAGAUAUCCUACAAAAGAUUGGCAUCGCCAUCAUUUGGGUACAUUUAAUGCAUCAUUUAAUCGUACAAUACAAAGUUUUCAAACAAUGGAAUCUACAAUUUAUGUUAAAUAUAUUAAAUUUGAAUUAUUAGAUUUUCAUGGACACGAACAUUAUUGUCCAUUAAGUGUUGUGCGUGUACAUGGAUCGAAUGUUGAAGACGAAAUAAUGACAAUGGAAGAAAAUACAAAUUUAAUUGAUUCAAAAACUUUAUUAAAUACUCAAGAUGAGAAUGAAGAUGACGAUGAUGAUGAUAAUAAUUUAUCAAAUGAUCAACAAGUUGGUGGUAUUAUUGGUUCAGCUAUACUUGAUUUAGCAAAAAGAGUUUUUCGUCGACCAACUACACGUGGUACACCAUCAACAACAUUAAUACCAAUAACAGAAGCAAAUGUAUUAAAAACUGAUUGCCAUCAAUCAGUUUUAAAUGGUUCAAUAAUUAAUGAGAGUAUUAAUUCAUGGAGUCAAAGUGAUACAUUUAAACAAUGUAUUGCUGCAUUUCUUCGUGGUAUAUGGUCAAAAUUUGAUGCAUGUACAAUGUAUUUAUCACACACUUGUUUUAAAUUAAAUUAUUGUUGUCAAUGUCUAUCAAUGAUAAAUAAUAAUACUAAUAGAAAUAAUCAAAUAACAUCAACAUUAAAUUUAUAUAUCAAUCCAUGUGGAUAUUAUUAUAUUAUAACCAAUCAAUUUGUAUGUAAAAAAGAAAAAUUCAUUGAAUUAAAUGAAACAAUAUCAAUGAAUGCAAAUCUUGAAUCAAAUCCGAAUAUUAUUGAAAAAAAUCUAACUAUUUCUACUAAUGAUACUGUCAUGAUUACUGAUGAAAGUCCAAAUUUAUCUAAUAAUAAAUCUAUAUUAAAAUUUAACAAUACUUUAUCGAACGAAACUCACACUGAUCAAAAACUUGAUCGUUCCAAUGAACAAAAUUUUUCGAGUAAUAUUUCAAACGAAGCAUUUACGGUGCCAGAAUCACAAAUAUCAUCGAAUAUAACAAACCAAAAUUCUUCGCAAUCAUCUACUGUCGAAACAAUUAAUAUUGAUGCUAAUUUAACCGAACAAUCAAUUGAUACUAAUAACAUUGAUGAGGUCUUUACUGUAACACCACCAAUACCUUCAUCAUCGUCUACAAUAAAUAAUAAUAAUAAUGAACCAAUACCACCUAUUAUUUCUAGUCCAUGGCUUAAAGGUAUGCUAGUUAAUACAAAGUCAUUACCAGAAUUAUUUAAAAUAAUUGAAAAACUUAAUUUUAAUUUAACAUUAAGUAAUCGAUAUUUACAAGAACUUAGCCAACAUUAUGUAAAAAAACUUGAUGAAACUCAACAAACAACUGAUCUUCUUCUAAAAUCAUCUCAAGCAGCUGAUGAACAAUUAAAAAAUUUAGAAGAAUAUUUAAAUCGAUUAGAAGAAAAUUUCAAUCAAACGUCAUUUCGUUUAAUAAAACUUGAAGCAUGGAUUCCAUUAAUUAUUUUUAUAAUACUCUGUUUAUCUAUUUGGUGUCUUUGGUCAACAUGUAGUUUAUUUCAAUUACGACGGAAAUUAAAGCAUAUUAUUAAUCAAUAUGAAAAACUCUAUAAUAUUAAACAAAUCGAAAAUAAUGAUGAUGAUGACGAUGAUGAUACUAUGAAUAAUAUUUCACUUAUUUGUAACGGUAUAAAAAAACGAAAGUUAUCAACUGACUCAAAUGAUUCAAAUCCUAAUCGUUCUCAACGUGUACCUGAUUUAACAUUAUCUAAGAUAAAAGAAAAUGGUACUACUAAAAUUGAACAUAAAAUAAAAAGAAAACCAUCAAAUCAAAGUCAACAUUCAUAUUCAUUAAGUAGAAUGAAAACUUAA